GUUAGAAACAGGAGCAGAUGUACAGGGUUUGCCUGACUCACACUCAAGGUUGCAUAAGCAAGAUUUCAAAAGUAACCCUGUUCUGGAGACCUCAACCCAAUGUACAAUGUUCCUGACUGGAAAAGAAGAACUAUAUUUUUCUGAUUUUUUUUUCAAAUCUUUACCAUUAGUUGCCCUGUAUCUCCGCCUUCUCUUUCUGCAGGAAACUUUAUUUCCUACUUCUGCAUACCAAGUUUCUACCUCUAGAUCUGUUUGGUUCAGUUGCUGAGAAGCCUGACAUACCAGGACUGCCUGAGACAAGCCACAAGCUGAUGCUGUCCUAAGUCCUUACUCCACUGAUCUUCACAGCAACUCAGCAUAGUUAAUAUUUUAUACACAAAGAAAUUGGCACUUGAAGGAGUAAUUGGCCCCAGAUUACACUGCCUAUAAGGAUUCGAAUCCAGAACAGAGAAAGUGGAUUGAACAAGGACGCAUUUCCCCAGUACAUCCACAACAUGCUGUCCACAUCUCGUUCUCGGUUUAUCAGAAAUACCAACGACAGCGGUGAAGAAGUCACCACCUUUUUUGAUUAUGAUUACGGUGCUCCCUGUCAUAAAUUUGACGUGAAGCAAAUCGGGGCCCAACUCCUGCCUCCGCUCUACUCGCUGGUGUUCAUCUUUGGUUUUGUGGGCAACAUGCUGGUCGUCCUCAUCUUAAUAAACUGCAAAAAGCUGAAGUGCUUGACUGACAUUUAUCUGCUCAACCUGGCCAUCUCUGAUCUGCUUUUUCUUAUUACUCUCCCAUUGUGGGCUCACUCUGCUGCAAAUGGGUGGGUCUUUGGGAAUGCAAUGUGCAAAUUAUUCACAGGGCUGUAUCACGUCGGUUAUUUUGGCGGAAUCUUCUUCAUCAUCCUCCUGACAAUCGAUAGAUACCUGGCUAUUGUCCAUGCUGUGUUUGCUUUAAAAGCCAGGACGGUCACCUUUGGGGUGGUGACAAGUGUGAUCACCUGGUUGGUGGCUGUGUUUGCUUCUGUCCCAGGAAUCAUCUUUACUAAAUGCCAGGAAGAAGAUUCUGUUUAUGUCUGUGGCCCUUAUUUUCCACGAGGAUGGAAUAAUUUCCACACAAUAAUGAGGAACAUUUUGGGGCUGGUCCUGCCGCUGCUCAUCAUGGUCAUCUGCUACUCUGGAAUCCUGAAAACCCUGCUUCGGUGUCGAAACGAGAAGAAGAGGCACAGGGCAGUGAGGGUCAUCUUCACCAUCAUGAUUGUUUACUUUCUCUUCUGGACUCCCUAUAACAUUGUCAUUCUCCUGAACACCUUCCAGGAAUUCUUCGGCCUGAGUAACUGUGAAAGCACCAGUCAACUGGACCAAGCCACGCAGGUGACAGAGACUCUUGGGAUGACGCACUGCUGCAUCAAUCCGAUCAUCUACGCCUUCGUUGGGGAGAAGUUCAGAAGCCUUUUUCACAUAGCUCUUGGCUGUAGGAUUGCCCCACUCCAAAAACCAGUGUGUGGAGGCCCAGGAGUGAGACCAGGAAAGAAUGUGAAAGCAACUACACAAGGACUCCUUGAUGGUAGUGGAAAAGGAAAGUCAAUUGGCAGAGCCCCUGAAGCCAGUCUUCAGGGCAGAGAAGGAGCCUAGAGACAGGAAUGACAGAUCUCUGCUUUGGGAAUCACAUGUCUGGCCUCACAGAUGUCUGAUUGAUUCACAGUGUGAAUCUCGGUGUCUACGUUACCAGGCAGGAAGGCUGACAGGAGAGAGACUCCAGCUGGGUUGGAAAACAGUAUUUUCCAAACUACCUUCCAGUUCCUCAUUUUUGGAUACAGGCAUAGAGCUCAGACUGUUUUUAAAUAGUAAAAAUAAAAUUAAAGCUGAAAACUGCAACUUGUAAAUGUGGCAAAGUGUUAGUUUGAGUUGCCGUCAUGUCAAACGUGAAAAUGCUGUAUUAGUCACAGAGAUAAGCUUUGAGCUUAAGAAUUUGGAGCAGGUGGUGUGUUUGGGAGACUGCUGAGUCAACCCAGUAGUUGUUGAUUGGCGGGAUUGGAAGUGUGUGAUCUGUGGGCACAUUAGCCUAUGUGGAUGCAGCAUCUAAGUAAUGAUGUCAUUCGAAUCACAGUAUACGCUCCAUCGCUGUCAUCUCAGCUGGAUCUCCAUUCUCCCAGGCUUGCUGUCAAAAGCCGUUUGUGUUUUAUUUUGUAUCAUUUUGAAGUCAUGCGUUUAAUCACAUUCGAGUGUUUCAGUGCUUCGCAGAUGUCCUUGUUGAUGCUCAUAUUGUUCCCUAUUUGGCCAGUGGGAACUCCUAAAUCAAGUUGGCUUCUAAUCAAAGCUUUUAAACCCUAUUGGUAAAGAAUGGAAGGUGGAGGAGCUCCCUGAAGUAAGCAAAGACUUUCCUCUUAGUCGAGCCAAGUUAAGAAUGUUCUUAUGUUGCCCAGUGUGUUUUUGAUCUGAUACAAGCAAGAAGCACUGGGCUUCUAGAACCAGGCAACUUGGGAACUAGACUCCCAAGCUGGACUAUGGCUCUGCUUUCAGGGCACAUGGCUAAAGAAGGUUUCAGAAAGAAGAGGGGACAAAGCAGAACUUUCACCUUCAUAUAUUUGUAUUAUCCUAAUAAAUGCAUAAAAUGUUAAUUUGAUGGUGAUGAAAUGUAAAUAGUGUUUUUAAAAACUAUGAUUUGGAAAAUAAAUCAAUGCUAUAACUGUGUUGAUAAAAGAUUUAAAAACAACUGGCUGUUUUUUUACACUGUGGUGUGGAAGAUUGUGUUUUGUUCACAACUUUUCACUUCUUCCCCUGUGUGAUUACACACACCUGCCCUUGUGGUGUGACUUGCAGUGCGCCCUACAGGCCACAUACCCCAUGCACUCCACCACUGGCUCUGCUGCUGGAAAGUGAGCAGAAGUGACAUCUGCUUCAUCCAAGCAGAGCCUCUUGCUCAGCCACAGGAAGGCCCAUUCCAGAUCACAACCCUCAGCCUGUGCGCCCUGGUGAAUGAGAAGACACAGGGAGCUGCAGCCACAUAUAACAUGAGCAAGAAGUCUGUGUUUCAGGAAGGGGAACAUCACACUCCGGGGACCGUUGUGGGGUGGCGGGGAGGGGGAGGGACAGCAUUAGGAGAUAUACCUAAUGCUAAAUGACGAGUUAAUGGGUGCAGCAAAACAACAUGGCACAAGGAUACGUAUGUAACAAACCUGCACAUUGUGCACAUGUACCCUAAAACCUAAAGUAUAAUAAUAAUAAACAAACAAACAAACAAAAAAA